CGGGAAGUGCGUCAGAAGGUCAGCGCGGCAAGAUGGCGGCGGCCGUGUGUCGGUGGAGACAGCAAUAUGUCCGGAGUAGUUUUGUGCUCUUGGCCACGCGUUCCUGUUUUUCUGUAUAUGACCGAUCGCCUGUGCACAGGAUAUGUGGCUCCGUCACAAGUUCUUCGCAGGUGCGGUAUGCGUCGGAAGGCAGAGGGGGGCGAAAAGGCUUCCUGGGGGAGUUUUUGGACAGCCUGAAGCAGGAGCUGAGCAAGAACAAGGAGAUGAAGGACAACAUCAAGAAAUUUCGCGAGGAGGCCAAAAAACUAGAGGAAUCAGAUGCUCUCCAGCAAGCUAGACGGAAAUAUAAAACCAUAGAGUCUGAAACAGUCAAGACUUCUGAGGUGCUGAAGAAGAAGCUGGGUUCACUAUCAGAGACUGUGAAAGAGGGGUUGGAAGAAGUUGGUCGUUCAGAUAUCGGGAAGAAAAUAAAGGAAGGAGUGGAAGAGGCGGCGAAAACGGCAAAGCAGUCGGCGGAGAGUGUCUCCAAGAGCGGAGAGAAGCUGGGGAAGACUGGAGCCUUUCGAGCGAUCUCGCAGGGUAUGGAGAGCGUGAAGAAGGAGAUCGGGGACAUUGGCCACAGCGGACCCUACAGACCACCCAACAGAUUAAGGAAGAGAAGCGACUUUUCAUCCAAAGCGGCAGAGGCUGAAGCCAAGGUCUUUGAAGCCAACGAGGAGGCGAUGGGUGUUGUGCUUCACAAAGACUCAAAGUGGUACCAGCAGUGGAAGGACUUCAAGGACAAAAAUGUUGUUUUUAACAGAUUCUUUGAAAUGAAGAUGAAAUAUGACGAGAGCGACAACGCCUUCAUCAGAGCGUCCCGCGCGGUCACAGACAAGAUGACGGACCUCAUAGGUGGGCUCUUCUCCAAGACGGAGAUGUCUGAGGUCCUCACAGAGAUCCUGAAGGUGGACCCCAGCUUCGAUAAAGACUCUUUCCUUAAACAGUGUGAGAAGGACAUCAUCCCCAACAUCUUAGAGGCCAUGAUUCAAGGAGAGCUGGAGGUUCUGAAGGACUGGUGCUACGAAGCUACCUACAGUCAGCUGGCCCAUCCGAUCCAGCAAGCCAAAGCAAUGGGGCUACAGUUUCACUCCAAGAUUCUUGACAUUGACAACAUAGAUCUUGCCAUGGGGAAGAUGAUGGAGCAAGGCCCUGUGCUCAUCAUCACCUUCCAGGCUCAGCUGGUGAUGGUGAUCUGUAACCCAAAGGGUGAAGUGGUGGAGGGCGACCCGGACAAGGUCCUCAGGAUGAUGUAUGUCUGGGCUUUAUGUCGGGACCAGGAGGAGUUUAAUCCUUACGCUGCCUGGAGACUUCUGGACAUUUCAGCGUCCAGCACUGAGCAGAUCCUGUGAGGAGCUUCAGCACUCGCGCUCAGGGCUGGGGAGGGAGAAUCGGGCAGUGCACACACACACACACACACAGACACACGCUGACACACGCUCAGCCUGAGUACAGGGGGCUCGGUCCUGAGGCUUUUACUAGUCAUCCGGCAGCCCCUGAUCUGCAGUAUGGAGCUUUCCAGAGAAGACUGACUGGACUACAGGGCUUGAUUGACCAAGCUGAACAUAAGUGCAGCCCAUUGACCUGCUCUGUCACUGGAUUGAAAGCGAUGUCACACGGUUGGAUGCUCAUGUGACUCUCGGCUAAUUCUCUUGUAUUUUCCGCUCGCUGGCGGCCCAAAAAUAGAGAGUGAGAAACUCUGCGUUUGUGUUUUUGGCUUUCUGUGCACCCAGCAGGGAAAACGAGUGGUUAAAGCACUAAGUCGUAAGCUUAAAGGGAUAGCCAGAUAAGCUGACCUUCGCUAAUGGUUUGUGGAGGCUAGCAGGACCAGCACCAAGCGUGGUGGUAGCUUCCAUUCAUCCUUAGCAGUUUUUCCUGAGCUACCUCUUUUAAGACCUGCUCAAAGUGGUUUAUAUUUGCAUACAGUCGUCAGUCCCUAGGCUUAAUAUGAAACAAAGUGGCCUAACGUCUAUCAGAUUUACAGUGGCAGUUCUAAUAUCCUAUUGAUUCCGUCCCAAGCUUUUAAUCAGAUUUAAAGGAAAGUGUCAACACUUUGACAGACAAUCUCUGAUUGAGAAAUUAUAUAUAUGUAAUAUACAUAGAUAGAUACAUACAUACAUACAUACAUACAUACAUACAUACAUACAUACAUACAUACAGGGUGAGUCAAAAGUCACAGGACUUUUUUUAUGUUGUCACAAGCCCCCACGAUACGGUGCUGAAGGUGGUCUUUGUUGCAGUUUUCUCAGCAUUUACAAGUUGUUUGAGAUGACACCAGAGAUAAAAGUCGAUAAAACCUGUUCUGUGACUUGACUCACCCCUGUAUACAUACUGUUCUCCCUAUAUGUUUUAAUCACAGCCAAGAGAACCAGCCCCCCUUAUCUCGAAGGAAUGUUUUGCCAAAUAAAUCUGAUUCACGCAGUUGUCACCUUGUCCCAAAUGCAGUCAGUCAAGACGUGAUUUAUGUCUGGAAUUUACUACUUUAGGGUUAGACUGAAGCUACAAGUCUAAUGUAGCUAACAAGCAAUGCAAGUCUGUGUCACCCAAAAUCGAAAAAUCUAGCCUCAUGGCUCCAGCGCAAAGCUGAAGGAGCAAACGUCACACUUGAUUUGGUGUAAGGGGGAAAACCAUUCCUUUAAACACUAGAACAGCUGCAAAGCUCACAUCUGCUUUUGAAUAACUUCUAAAGAAUCAACACAGCAGUAAAUAUGAAAUACGGAAAGUCUUUUAAUGUAUUUAUUGCACAAAAACAUGAAGUUGUUGGCCAAAACGUGGGAUUUGUCUUUUAAGGCCUGCCUUAACAUUCUCUCCUAGAGGAGUAGUGAUCUCAAAGGUAUAAGGUGUACUGUAUUGUGUUUUUCCAGUUCAGUAAAGCCUCAGUUCCAUGGGGCGGAA